GUGGUUUGUGCCUUCAUAGGUCUCACUUGUGACUCAUCAUCGGCGAGAGUUCAGAAGAGUGCACGCGCGUUCGAAGUGAAACGGUGGCAAAGGCAGUGCAUUGAAUCCGCUCGAAGCGGGAAAUGAGUGAAUAGAUUUGUGAACACCCAUUAUUGAUCCGAGUGUUUUAACGGGAUACGUUGGCCAAAUGAUGUUCCCAACGAGCGCCGCUGCAGCAGCAGCUGCCGCAGCCACGAUGAACCCUGCUGCUGCGCGUCAUCCGGUGCCUGGUGGACCGCAGCCGACGCAACCGUUCAAGUUCACAGUCGCUGACUCCUGCGAGCGGAUAAAAGACGAGUUCAACUUUUUGCAAGCACAGUACCACAGUUUGAAAGUCGAGCUGGAGAAGUUGGCGCAGGAGAAAACGGAAAUGCAGAGGCAUUACGUCAUGUACUACGAGAUGUCUUACGGCCUGAACGUCGAAAUGCAUAAGCAGACGGAGAUUGCCAAGAGACUCAGUGCCAUCCUUGUUCAAAUCAUGCCCUUCCUGUCCCCAGAGCAUCAGCAACAAGUUGCAGCAGCAGUUGACAGAGCGAAACAAGUGACGAUGACUGAGCUGAAUGCCAUCAUUGGUCAACAAAUGCACGCGGCGCAGGUGCCCGUGAGCGGGCACGCACCCCCUCCGUUCCCCGGAAUGCUUACGCCGGGGCCGCCGCCGUUGCCGCCCACGUCAGCCGCCGGUAUCCUCGCUCUGACCGGCGGUUUGGGCCCGCACCCCAUGUCUCUGCUCGGCUCCAAAGCCGAGGCCCCGCACAUUCGGGAAGAGAAGCCGAUGCCUGACACAGUUCUUCGUAAUUCUGCGCGAAUCGGUGGCCACAGAGCCCCCUUGUUCUCCAUUAAUCGAAUGCGCAAGCGAACGACUUAA